UGUAAACCAAAGAAUAGAUUUCGUGCAUUUGAGUAAAUUAUCCUCAAAAAAAAAAACUAAGACUCAUAGGGCAAAAUGUUGAUUUUCGAUAGUGCAAGAAGGGUGUUAUGGGAAAUACAGCAGGGGGAUGUAUCUACAAUUCUGUUAGUUUUCUUCAGUGUACUAGUGCUUGUUCGAUUACUGCAAAAAUUCAGGGAAUUCAUUUCCCUGCCACCAGGACCCUGGGGUUUGCCCAUAGUCGGUUGCUUGUACUUCCUCAAAAAGGAUCUACAUAUCCACUACAGGGACCUGGCAAAGAAAUAUGGCUCCUUGUACUCCACCAGAUUCGGCAGUCACCUAAUCGUUGUUUUGAGUGACCACAAGAUGAUAAGAGAAUUGUUCAGGAGAGAAGAGUUCACUGGAAGACCAAUCACUGAGUUCACUAAGAUUUUGGGAGGCUACGGUCUUAUCAAUACCGCUGGUAAACUGUGGAAAGACCAGAGAAAAUUCGUGCAUGAAGGCCUCCGCCACUUCGGGAUGUCUUACCUGGGAUCCAAGAAGGCCCAGAUGGAAACCAGGAUCACCAAUGAGGUCCAGGAAUUCCUCAGCGUUCUCAAGACCAAGAGAGGAGAAAAAGUCGAUUUGAACCCUUACUUCGCAGUGUCGAUUUCGAACGUCAUCUGCGAGAUUCUGAUGAGUGUGAGGUUCUCCUUCGAUGACAAGAGGUUCAGGAGGUUCAUGCAGCUCAUCGACGAAGGUUUCAAGCUGUUCGGGUCGUUGGAUAAGGCUGCAUACAUCCCAAUCAUGAGAUUCCUCCCAGGAAACUGGAAAACUUUGAACCAGAUCAAACAGAAUCGUAACGAGAUGGGUGAAUUCCUACAAGAAACCAUCGAUGAACAUAGAAGAACGUUCAAGAACGAUCAAAUUAGGGAUAUCCUCGACACUUAUCUGUUGGAAAUCGAAAGAGCUCAAGAGCAAGGCACCGGUCACUGUUUGUUCGAAGGAAAAGACCACGAUCGCCAAGUGCAGCAGAUUUUGGGAGAUCUCUUCACGGCCGGUAUGGAAACCAUCAAGAGUUCUCUGCAAUGGGCUGUUCUCUUCAUGCUUCACCAUCCGGACCUCAUGAAAGCCGUCAAGGAAGAAUUAGACGAGGUGGUUGGCAGAGAUCGCCUUCCUCGAUUGGAAGACAUGCCCUACUUGCCAGUAACAGAAUCCACCAUCCUAGAGGUCCUGAGAAGAUCGAGCAUAGUACCAUUGGGGACUGCACACGCACCCACAAGGGAUAUCAAACUGAACGGCUUCCACCUACCAAAACACGUCCAAGUGAUCCCAUUGCUCCACGCUGUCCACAUGGACCCCAACCUAUGGGAUGACCCAGAGAGAUUCAACCCUUCUAGGUUCAUCAACGCGGAAGGAAAAGUCGUGAGACCAGAAUUUUUCCUACCCUUCGGAGUGGGAAGAAGGGUGUGUCUAGGAGAGAUUUUGGCAAGGAUGGAGCUGUUCCUGUUCUUCUCCAACUUCAUGCAUACCUUCGACGUAUCCACCCCAGCGGAUGAAACCCUUCCCAGCUUGACCGGCAUCGCUGGCGUUACCAUAAGUCCAAACCAGUACAAUGUGAUGUUAGAGCCAAGGCCAAACGGUUGGGACAAACCGUCCACUAGCAUAAGAUCAACUGGAAGUCACUAACUCUUGUCAAAAGCAUAUUGCUGUUGCGCACGGGUCACAAACAAAGUACAAUUGUAUAGUAUUUAGAUUAAGUAAGUAUUUAUCGCAUGAUAUAUGUGUCAAUCCAUACCAAUCAAGCAACCAGACGAGGUAUAAAACAGAAAAGCGUUGUUACACAUCAUCACAAUAUUUGCGGAGUUUGUUCGUCUAUGUAUCUUGUAUACCUGCAUUUCUCAAGUCUUCUGUGAAGACGAUGUCUUUAACUUUUCAAUUUAGAGCGGUUUAUCCAUUUCCAUAAUGGCAGGGACAUUAGCUGUCAUAAUAAAAAUGGUACCAAAUCAUAGAAAGUGGCUGUUGCCUCAAAAAAUUGAGUGGAAUGUUAGCUCCUUUCUAUGCUUCAUCACUUUGAAUAGAAAAGGAAGAUAACCAAACUCAACACUGCCAUUCAAUUCCAGUUGUAUUCAAUGUUCCUGAAUUCCUCAUCAAAUUGAUGAGGAAAUUAUGAUUCCAUUUUAUCGCAGCUAUUAGAUACUUAGCAACUUCGCAAUAAUACAGGACCACUACUAUGUGAUGUUACCUCAACCAUUCGUAGUGGUUCUGAGUUUUAGUUUUAGGCGUAGUACUUAUGGUACUUACAUUUUAUUUAAUUGCAUUCCAUUAAACAGAUCUCUUCUGAUUUGAAUAAGGCUGUGUAAAAAGUGUUCAAUUAUCCAGCCAAUUUAAAACAAAUGUUUCACCAUAGUUUUAAGUGUACUAGUCAAUCGUCACUCUGAUUUUAUCAUAGUGAAUUCGUCGUUUGUGUUCUGAAUUCCUGAAAUUUGAAAAUUAUAAUGUUUCAAUAUUGUUUACCUGUUUUGUUACCAUCAGAUUUCCACAAUGGAGCUUUGUGUUCGAUUCAGCAUGUUUAUUCAAUCUAUUCGAUGUUGAUUCACUCCCAUUUUCACACUCGUAUUAAUAUGUAUAUAUGUAAUUUUAUGUACCAAUUAAGUGUGUUCAUUUAAACUUUUGCCUUUUAAGUUAUUUGUUAUUUAAAAUAAAAAUGAAUAAUUCAGUGAAAA